AUGAAGACGCUACCCCUUGCCAUAGCGACCUAUGCAUUCCUACUGAAGGAAUGUCUAAACAAUCCAAUACUUCCAAUUGAGCAUUUAUGCGACUUCGCAUUAAAUCCGCAUAGUAGCAUCAAGCCAGUGUUGAAAGAAUCGAAUGGACAAGAUGAAGUAUGGUGCAGUGUGCAUAACCCACAUCUGACAGACUACGUAGCAAUGGUAUGUCCAAAAAAAACAGAAAAUGGAGACUACAAAGAGUUGGAAACAGUACCAGCUGAAUGUUUUGCUAAACACUUAUACUCCCCAUAUGAUACAGCAGAAAAUGAAAAAGAUAUAGAACUCCUAGAAUUAGAUAAAAAAUUAUCCUUCAACAAGACAUUUACCGAUUUUGUAUUAAAGGUAUUAGUCAUCCCAGGGUAUUAUAAACACAACAAAACCAUAUAUUGUAGAUGUGAUAACAGGAAAACGAAGAAAGGUGAGGAUGCUGGUAAAAUAGAAGAAGGAAAAGUAGGACUAGUAAAAAUUGUAUUAAAUAAAAAAGAUAAUAAACCUAGGGGAAUCGAUUUUACAGAAUCGAAUGAAUUGGAACAAACAGACAUAGAGCAAAAUGGAAAUGAUAAAAUAAUCAAAGUCAAGGAAAAUGAUAUUAUUCAUUUUAAGUUUAAUCCAAAUCAAAAUGUUGAAAUGAAGGAAUACGAAAAUAUUAUUAACAUGAAGUAUGGCUUUCUACAAGAAAACGUUUUAAAUAUCAGAUUUCCAACAGUGUUUUUAUCCACCAUAAAUUUUUCAAUGAAAAUUACAGAAAAUACAAAACCAGUUGUAAAUAUUUUUAUGAAGAUACAGAAAACGGAAAGCAUAGAUGGAUGUGAUUUUACGAAACCAGCGGGGGAGGGAGAUUAUCAAGAUGGAUUUUCCUUAGCAGAUAUUACAUCAAAUGAAAAAAUUUGUUCUGUACAUAUUGGAUCCAGCCAGAAGAAAAUUGCUGCAGGGAUUAAGUGUCCCUAUAAAUUAACACCUACUUACUGCUUUAGACACGUUUUAUAUGAAAAAAAUAUCAAGGGGGUAAUGUCUUAUCAGCCCUUCUUGUUAACCGAUAUUUUGGGAAUCCUCGAUGUAGAAUUCUACAGUAAUGCUAAAGAGGGAUCCUACAUAGUUGGACUACCAGUCAGUCCGCAAAAAUAUUCUGUUGUGAGAUGCGUUUGUGAGAAUAAUGGAAAGACUGGAAUUAUGGAACUCAGGAUUGAUUCUUCUUCUGGAUGGGCUUUCCUCAGCCUCACCUUGAUGCUUCUCCUCACUGCUCUCCUUUACGCGUGCUAG